GUGUCUAUAAUGCCAUGCUUUGUUGUUGUUGUUUUUUGUAAUGCACAGACUUCUGUUUUACAACCUUGUUUUCUGUUUAAUUUUGUUUUGUCAGGCGAGCUCAUAGGGGUGGAGUACCUGUGCUCGCAGCAGUCCUGGGAGCUCAGGGAGAACUUUGGGCAGGACCCAGAUGUCCCAGACGGAAUCCCAGCGGACUUGGGAGACAUAGAAGAUGAGGGAUUUGGGAAAGAGGCAGAGGAAGCAGGACCACACCAUCUCCCCUCUUUCUUUAGUCUCGACCAAGGAAGCUAUAUGCUUGUCUCGGGAUUCUGCUUCACCCUCUCAGUCCUCCCAGGACUUGCCACCUGAGCCCCAGGAAGAUGUGUGCAGAGGACCAGACGGGACUCCUGGAUUCGACAGAGUGGUGGACCUGGCCAGAUACCUUGUUGAGCUGAGAGAAAAGCCUUGUGUCUCGGACAGGGAAGCCGCUGACAUUGUUCGGCUUUGGGACAGACUGCCGGACAGUGACAGACAGGGUGUUUCCUAUCCGCCGAGACACAAGGACAGACUUUUGCAAGGCAGGUUCAAGGCCACCCACUCCAAAACCUCCACCUGCCAUGGAAAAGAGAGCCUGAAGCGGUGUGUGCUGGGGCAGGGCUCGGGUCCUGCACAGUGGCCUAAUAUUAGUCGGAUUGUAGAGGCAGUAUGUCUGGAGCUCUGCUCCAUUCAUCCUGCGGGGAAGGUGAAGUGGGGAGUUUCAAUGAACCGCUGGGCUGCCAUUCUACACGACUACCAGGCCAUACGGAGACCUGUAUGCUACCAGGCCAUAAGGAGACUGGUGGGGAACUGCCAUCAGGUACAACAACUACAGGAAGAAGAUGGAGGCAGAUGUGCUGGCUCUGAGUGUUCCCUUGCCUCAGAUCAGCAUGGUGUCUCACACUCAGCUUCCUGUAGCCAGGCAGAUGACGUCAAUGCCCUCUGCACCUGGGUCGUCGCUUAA